AUGGAACAAGUGUUGCAGAAGAGGAGAAAAGAAGACGUAGACUUGGACGGCAGGAUGGGAGGAGAGGAAGCAGCAGAUUCAGGAGUCUUGAUGGAGGAGGAUGUGGAGUUAGACUCUGGGUUUUGCAUGGAAGUGGACUCAGAGCUCAGUUUAGUUGGACAGGUGACUGCAGGUGAAGAUCCAGAUAUAGAAGACUGGUUUAUGAUGACUGGACACACAGAAACCAGUAAUGAGGAAAGAGAUGGAAGUCCAGGAGGAGAUGGAGGGAGUCAGACUUCAGAGGAAGGUGAGAUUGAGGCUGACCCAGGGUCGAUGGAGAAUGAAACGGAGAGAGUAGAGACAGAUGAUAAAACUGAAGAGGUUGCGGAGGAAGAGAUGGAGGCAGCGCUGGAUGUGUGUCUGUGUCCAGUAGAUGAGAGUGGGGGUCACGUACGGAUCUCUCUGGAGGAGGUGGAAAGAUACUACAGAUUCUCUCGCUGCUGCCACUGGCUGUGUGAUGACAUCAUGCAGCUGGACAGCAGUCCCCUCCGAGCUGCUGACAUCACACCCGACCUCAAGAAGCAGUUUGCCUUCCUGUCAGGAGGUAGAGGGGAUAAUGGCAGCCCCGUUAUUGUGUUCCCAGAAUUCCCUGCGUUUGGAGAGAUCACAGACGGAGAGUUUCACAACGUGCUGACCUACCUGACCAGUGUCCCCAGUUUGUCUUCAACGGGCGUGGGUUUCAUCCUGGUCAUCGAUCGCCGACAAGACAAAUGGGCGGCCGUCAAGGGGACCCUUCUUCGUAUCGCAGGCUCCUUCCCAGGGAACCUCCAGCUGGUUCUGGUCCUGAGGCCCACCACCCUCCUGCAGCGCACUCUUUCUGACAUCCUCUUCAAGUUCAACAAGGAUGAGUUCAAGAUGAAGGUGCCGGUGAUCAUGCUGAGCUCCAUAACUGAGCUGCACUCCUACAUCGACCGCUCCCAGCUGACACAGGAGCUCGGAGGAACGCAGGAGUACUGCCAUGAGAAGUGGAUCUCUCACCGCACUGCUAUUGAAGGCUUUGCAUUGAUGGUAAAGAAAACAGCACAGACUCUGCAGUCAUUUGGGACCGAACUUGCUGAAACUGAACUCCCGAAUGAAAUCCAGGCCACAACCAUCCUGCUGAGCACGCACACCACCAAGAAAGAAAAAAUGAAGGAGGACCUGCAGGUGGCUCUGGGUCAGGGCAGCAGGCUGCUGGAGAGCAUCAAUGAGCCGGUGGUGCGAGACCCCGACCACAACAUGAACCAGGAUGAGCUGGAGAACCUGGCGACAGUGCAAAGACUGUUGUCUCAGCUGGACGAGACAGAAAGGGCUUUCGAUGAGUUCUGGGUGAGGCAUCAUACCAAACUGGAGCAGUGUCUCCAACUGCGCCACUUUGAGCACAACUACAGAGAGGUGAGGGCUCUGCUGGAUCAGGUGUCUGAGAAACUUGCAACCUUCUCUGAGGUGGGGAUCAGCCCGGCCCACGCUGACCACAUCUUCUGUGAACUCACCACCUAUGAGGAGAGAGUCUGUGAGGGACUGGGCAGAGCCUCGUCGUUGGCCCUCGAGGGUGAAGAACUGAUCCAGAACUCCCACUAUGCUGAAGACUCCAUUCAGCCCAAAUGCAGCGAGCUCAGAACCGUCAGUGAGGACGUGAGCAGCAACAUAAGGGCCAAGAAGGAUCACCUGCUCAAAGCCAUGGAGCUGCACCACUGUUUGGAGAGGGCUUCUAAAUGGGUUGAUGAUGGUAUAUACCUGCUGGCGUCUCAGCCAGUAGACAAGUGUCAAUCACACGAGGGGGCGGAGUUAGCGCUGAAGGAGCUGGAGCGUUACCUGGACAACGCAGGCCAGAACCAGCUGACGGACCUCAGCACCAUCUGGACAGAAUAUGACGCAGUGCUCAACCAGCAGUUCAGAGACCAAGUGGAGAAGGUUUUCCAGAAGCAGGCGUCCAUGCAAGAGAUGUUCGACAAGAGGAGGGUCAGCCUGAAGAAGCUAGCAGCCAAACAGACCCGGCCAGUGCAGCCGGUGGCCCCCCGACCCGAAGCCUUUAUCAAGUCCCCUCUCAGCUCGCCCGCUCACAGAGCAAAGCAGGAGAAAAAGUGCUUGGAGACAGACUCCGGGACCAACUGUGAGAAAGGAAACGGCCAACUGCAGAAUGGAGACAGUAACAGCAGACAUGCCUCUCUGUCAGAGGAGGAGGAGAACCUGGCGGUGCUCAGGAGGCACGUUAUGAACGAGCUGCUGGAGACGGAGAGAGCCUACGUGGAGGAGCUGCUCUGUGUAUUACAGGGAUAUGCGUCUGAGAUGGAUAAUGCAGCGAUGGCACCCCUCAUCCCUGCUCCUCUGCAGAACAAAAAGGAGGUUCUGUUUGGCAACAUGCCAGAAAUUUACCACUUUCACAAGAGGACGUUUCUGAGGGAGUUGGAGCAGUACACCGACUGCCCCGAGCUGGUUGGAAGGUGUUUUCUCGAGAGGAUGACGGACCUGCAGAUCUAUGAGAAGUACUGUCACAACAAGCCUCGCUCAGAAAGCCUGUGGAGGCAGUGCUCAGAUUGCGCCUUCUUCCAGGAGUGUCAGAAGAAGCUGGAGCAUAAAUUGGGUUUAGACUCCUACCUGCUGAAGCCUGUUCAGAGGAUUACUAAAUACCAGCUGCUACUGAAGGAAAUGUUAAAGUACAGUAAGAGCUGUGAGGGAGCUGCUGACCUGCAGGAGGCGCUGACCGCCAUCUUGGGCAUCCUCAAGGCUGUCAAUGACUCCAUGCACCUCAUCGCCAUCACAGGAUAUGAGGGCAAUAUGAGCGAGCUGGGUAAGCUGCUGAUGCAGGGCUCAUUCAGCGUGUGGACGGAGCACAAGAAAGGUCAUGCCAAGGUGAAAGAUCUGGCCCGUUUCAAGCCCAUGCAGAGGCACCUGUUCCUCCAUGAGAAGGCCCUGCUCUUCUGCAAGAGGAGGGAGGAGAACGGGGAAGGCUACGAGAAAGCUCCAUCAUACAGCUUCAAACAGUCUCUGAAUAUGAGUGCUGUGGGCAUUACUGAGAAUGCAAAGGGAGACAACAAGAAGUUUGAAGUCUGGUGCAACUCCAGAGAAGAGGUGUAUAUUGUUCAGGCGCCAACAGCUGAAGUAAAAACCACCUGGGUAAAUGAGAUCAGGAAGGUUCUGACAACGCAGCUGGAGGCGUGCAGAGGUACAGAGAGAGGAUGUGCUCUAAAACCCAUCUCUAAAUCCAGUCAGCAGAGGGCGCCAGACCAGGUUUUCCAGUUCCCUCCUGUUCCCAGUGGAGCUGUAAAUCUCAGUCCAUUCAAGGCCAGUCAGAAGAGCUCUAAGAAGGGAGAGGAGAAGAAAGCUGAACCCUGCAGCCCUGAUACCAACUCCUCUUCUUCACCAAAGCCAGCAGGAAAAGAUGAGGCUGUGACAAGCCCUACCUCAGACAGAGCUGCUGUGGCUAAAAAGCGCUUUACUUUACAGGGCUUCAGUAACCUCAAAGCUCAAAAAGGAUCUCCCACAAGUCCCGAUCACAAGUCAAAACGUCAGAGCGACCCCACACCUUUUGGCUUCAAAGAUGCAGGUCCUCCCCCGCUCCACCUGAGCAGGGCCAGGUGGUUCAGCACCUCUAGUCUCUUACAGACAAAGUGGAGAGGCUGGAACAAAACCUCCCUGUCGCUGGAUGCCUCAGAGGAACAUGACGGCUAUUCCAGCGCUGAGGAUCCUCUUAACUCUGACCCAGAGGACGACGGCAAGAAGCUGAGUGCUGGCAAAUACACAGUGAUGGCCGACUAUGAGAAGAGCGGCGCUCAGGAACUCUCAGUGAAGAGCGGAGACAUGGUGCAGCUGGUGAAGGAGGGGGAUGAUGGACAGUGGUUUGUGCGUAACCUGAGCAGCUCUAAGGAGGGCUGGAUCGCUGCUGCUAAUCUGAUCACACUCAUCGGGAAGUCCAAGUCUUGCCAGUCUCUCACCAGCUCAGAAGGCAGUGGCUCUGGAAACCUCAGCACAUCAUCCAGCUGCAGUGAGACGUACACAAGCUUCUCUGACAUCAAACCCUGAACUCCUCAGCACUUACUCCAUCACCAAACUGCCCUCGCAAAUGCUGUCAUCACGUGGCUGUGCUCUGUGCUGUAUUGCCAACAUUGGUACUGCUAGGAAUUUCAUCAGGUGUCCACAGAAAGCUGUAUUUUUUUCUUUAAAAAAAAAUCAUGCACACAUGCACCAGUUAUAAAGAUAAUGUUAUACAAUGUGCACAUGUUAUAGACUUGACUGUGGUGGAAUUGUGCGGUGAAGAAGACUGAAUGCUGGGUAGAUUAUACAU